UAAAAAUGUGAUUAAGCCUGGUCUCAAAUUUUUAACAUUCUACAGAGGAUUUUUUAUUUCAUCACAUUAACAUCAGUAGUGCUCAACGUCUGUUACAUGAUAUGUGAUAAAUUACACAUAACUUAUAUAUAUAUAAAAAUAUACAUAAUAUAAAAUGCAACUUUACUGAUCCAGAUAAGUACCAAAUAUGUGUCAGUUGAGCCGGAAACACACACUGUAUGUUGCUGCAGCUAAAUAAUGAAAAACUACCUAAAAAAAAUCUAAAAAAAAAAAAAAAAAAAAAAACCAUAUUUUGACCAAAUUUAUUUAUUUACUUUUUUUUGCCAAUAAUAUAAAAAAACAAAUAUAUUUGACCAAAGUGAUGUGGAAGUGUUUUUAUCCUGGUCAUUUUCUAACCUUGCCUUGGCGUCUGGCUGCAGAGAUCACGCUGCAGACGUCUAAAAACCUCCACAGUUUUGCGUGUGACUCACGAUUCACUCGGGUAUUUGAGAGUUACGUGUAAUAGUGACACAAACAGCAUCCUACUUGAUUCCGUUUGUAAUUAGAUCAGACAGCGGCUGUCGAGAUCGAAACGUCAGCGAUGCACCUGCGCCAUCACGCCGUCAUCAAAACGUCAGAAGGGCGCGGAACACACACCGUGCAGACCACUGCGAGACGUUUUCAAAUGCUUAAAUGACCCGAAAGAAAGACUUUAAUAACAUGAAACUGAAUGAAUGAAUGAUUACCGCUCAGGAACUUUUCCAUGAGACACAACUUAUUCGUGCAGGGAGUGUGUAUCAACAACAACAACAACAACAACAACAACGUCAUGGCAGCUUCCGAUACAGAUGUGAUGCCUACAACAGACGGUAAGGUUUACGUGGUCAUGUUGCACGGUAGCUGUAAAGUUGAUGAUAUACAACAAAAUAAAAACAAGUUCCCACGCUUUCUGUUUUUCCCUGACCAAAACCACUUAAACACACACACACACACACACACACAAUGUCGUAAUCAAGAGCUCAUACACACACACGUCCGAGGGGGGUCUGAACUCUGCACGAGAGUGAGUGAGAUUUCGCGCACCGCGGCUUUAAUGUAAACGCGGAUCCGUGCAGCUGAGUGUCGCUCGUGAGCCUCCGCCGCUCAGCGCGCGCUUAAAGGAGACGCAACAAAGCCAAGAUGAGGUCCGAGUCGCCCGGUUCUCGGCUACAGCCCGGUUUACUAUCGCUUUAAGAGCGUACUAAUACCGUCUCUGCGUCUUUAAAAGAUGCUUUUUGCAGAGUUAUAACUAAGUUUGUUAAUGAACUAGAACUACAGAACAGAGAGCGCGAGAUGAGCGCGCGAGAGGAGGACUCGGUGAAAUAUGUUUGUGUGUAGGAUCAGGGCCUUUAACGAGCAAAGUCUUUUCAGAUUUUUAUUUUUAUACCGUAUUUAUCACUUCAUGUCCGCGUGGAUUAAUUAAAGGCAUUAAACCGAGCGUUGUCGGGGUUUUUUUCUCCCGGGGGAUGAUGGAAGUGCAGCGUGUUGAUAAAAAAGAGAAGCGGGAGGAAGAAGAGGAGGCCGCGUUCACAUCCCCGGACUCGAGUGUGACCCGCACGCCGCGCAGGGCGCUCCGGGGCCGAGGGGAGACUCGAGCGAAGUCCGCCGCUCCGCCUGCUUCAUCCGCGGACACGAACGGAACCCCGAGUGCGGCGGGAUCCGGCCGGGUUCUGCGCGACCGCUCCACGAGAUCCGUCCCCGUGUGGAGGAGAAGAGACCUCGGAGUGGAGCAGGACGAUGAUGAUGACGAUGAUGAUGGUGAGGAGGAGGAGGAAGAAGCGGAAGCUCGCCGCAGGAGGAAGACAGCGUGUCCGCGGCGCAGGAGGAACACCGAGGCGGCCAGAGACAACAAAACUCAGUGUGGAGAGAGUAAGGACGCUGCAGGCACUCGAGCCGGAAGCAGGCGAGCGCAGAGCCGCAGCAGAACGCCGUCGUCUCGGGGACUCCGGGGUUCGGCGCGGGUGGUGUGUAAGAGCGAACCGGAGACGGAGACCACCUGCGCGGAAGAAAACAAAACAGCCGAGAUGAAGACAAGCACUGAGAAGAAGAGUGAGGUUGAGGUGCUGCUGGGUGACGAAGAUCCUCCCUUCACCCACGACCCGAAAGACCGAGCGGACGAGCCUCGGGUCCAGAGUGAGGAUGACGAGGGCGUCAGCAGUGAUGAAGACGUGCCCUUUAAGGACGACCUGAAUGACCAGAGCUACGACCCCAAAUCUGGGAGGGAAAGUCAGAAGCCGAGACGUAGAGCUGCUCCGCGGCCGAGAGAGAAGAAGGAGAAAGCAGCUGGAGGAGAGAAAGACAAGGAGAAAGAGACGGAGGUGAAGACGGAAGGAGUGGAGAUGGCGGACGUGAAGCAGGAGGUUGGAGAGGGGGCGGAGCCACCCAGGAAGAGAGGUCGACGAAGAAAAGACGACAAAAGCCCCCGUCUUCCCAAGAGAAGGAAGAAGCCACCGGUGCAGUAUGUACGCUGUGAGAUGGAGGGAUGUGGAACGGUUCUCGCUCAUCCGCGCUACCUGCAGCAUCACAUUAAAUAUCAGCACUUAAUGAAGAAGAAGUAUGUGUGUCCACACCCGUCCUGCGGCCGUCUGUUCCGCCUUCAGAAACAGUUACUGCGUCACGCCAAACACCACACAGAUCAGAGGGACUACAUCUGUGAGUUCUGUGCACGUGCGUUUAAGAGCUCUCACAACCUUGCUGUGCACCGUAUGAUACACACUGGAGAGAAACCACUGCAGUGUGAGAUCUGCGGCUUCACCUGUCGUCAGAAAGCGUCUCUGAACUGGCACAUGAAGAAGCACGACGCAGACGCCUCCUACCAGUUCUCCUGCGCCAUCUGCGGCAAGAAGUUCGAGAAGAAGGACAGCGUGGUGGCUCACAAGGCCAAGAGCCACCCGGAGGUCCUGAUCGCCGAGGCCCUCGCCGCAAACGCCGGUGCCCUCGUCACCACGCCGACACCCACCACCACGCACGUGACCCCGGUAGGCGUCGGCUCCGUCAUGCUGCUGGACCAGGAGCAGUCGCUGCACACCAUGCAGGUGCCCGUCACUCUCACGCUGCCCUCUACAGACGAGGCUAAGGGUGUUGCAGGAGGGGGCGGAGCCUCUGUGUCGCACCCGACCUCUUCCAAUCAGACAGUGCAUUUUGUCUCCGCCCCCGUGUCCCAGCAACAGCUGACCGUUCAGGCUCCUCCACAGAUCGUUCACAUGACCCUCACCACUCUUUCGCACCCUCCUCAGCAGCUCCCCCUGCUGUCCGUCACACAUCAGCUGCCCCCGAGCACUAGCUCCGCCCCCUCCAUCUCGCUCCUCCCACAGAUCACUUCUGUGGCUUUCACUGCCGAUCCUGCACCCCCUCCAUCAUCCUCCGCGUCCUCUCCUCCUCCUCCACCUCCUAAUCCACCUCCUCGGGCUGAGAGGAAAGAGGGUGGGGCACUCUGGGAGGGUGGGACUGGGAAUGUGGGUGGGGUUUGGGAAGUGGGCGGGGCCAGCGAGGCGCAGGUUGUGACGGACAGCCCAGACGGGACGAUCCAACACAGACUGAUGUAAGGAAGGAAGAGUUUCACAGCGGAAUGACUCGCAGAGGUAAGACGAGGACGUUUAGUCGCCUCGUGUCGGAAUUACGCGUCAGAUUUAGCUGCAAAUUAGCUGUUUCUAUGGCAACCCACAAGCGGAUACACGAAGUGUGUAGCUAAGGCGUGUUUUAACAUCUUUCAUGAGGGUUUUUUUUUUUUUUUUUUUUUAAUCUUCUGGUCUAAACAUGUAAAGAUUAUUAACGAUCCUCAUACACAGGGUGACGACGGGAACGUGAUCCUCACUGCCUUUAACUGAUGUGACCCGUAAUUCCCACACGUCCUGAGCGUGCUCCUCCUCCUCCUCCUCAGUGAACUUCCUAUGAAUUGAAACUCUACAGGACUUUAAAUCUAUCUUGUGUAUUCAAACUAGAUUUUGCUAGGCUUGUAGACAUGUGUGUGUGUGUGUGUGUGUGUGUGUGUCUCAGAAUGUUGUCUUGAUAUUGUUGGGGUUUUUUUUUGUACAUAAACACUUUUAGUCUUCA